GGCGGCGGAGGCAUCUCGGCGGCCGCGUCCCGUCCCGAAUCGAGUCCCGGCCGCAGGCGGCAGCGUCAAUGUCGGGGGCGGCGCAUGGAGCUUGGAGUGAAAAUAUAUUGGAUUAUUUUCUGAACACAAACCAAAUUAAAACGCGAGAUGGAGCUGAAAUCAUCUGGUAUCAUGCAGCAAACAGUAAAUCACAAAUGAAAGAAGCAAUAAAAAGUGCUGGUCACAUGGUAGAAGCAGAUGUUCUUCUUCGUGGGUGCAAAGCAGAAAAGGGUGAACCGAUCAUGGCUCAUCCUCCUGAAAUGAACAGUGACAACACACUCCAGGAGUGGCUACAAGAGAUUCUGAACACUGAUAAAGGCAUCAAACUGGAUUUUAAGAGUCUACCAGCUGUCCAGCCCUCUAUGGAGCUUCUUGAAAGUAUAAAGUUGCAUCUGAAACGACCGGUUUGGAUUAAUGCAGAUAUUCUACCUGGACCCAAUGGAAGUAAUGCUGUAGUGGAUGCAAAAAUUUUUUUAGACAUUGUAACAUCAUUUUUCCCAGAUGUAACGUUAUCCCUGGGGUGGACAACUGGGUGCCAGCUUCAAAGAUGCAAGGAAGGCUACAGCUGGGCAAUGGUGAAAGAGAUGGCUGAAAUAUGCAAUGCACUUACUCAACCUGUAACAUUUCCAGUAAGAGCAGCAUUAAUAUGGCAGUCAAAGUCUGAGUUGCUUUGGCUAUUACAACAGUCAGAGAGAUACAGCCUGACUGUUUGGACAGGAGAGCAAGAUCAGUAUUCCACAGAAGAUCUGCUCCACAUCAGAGAGAAUUUUGAUAAAAGUAGGGUUUAUUAUGAUAUUUUAGAACCACAUAACUCUGAAUUCAAGAAGGCCAUAGGAAUAGAAAUCUAAAUAUAAAGAAAAUAUUGAUUGUAAGAUGCCUAGUAAUUAGGCACUUUAACAGAAAGGUUUCUAUCCAGGGCAAUACAGUCCUAUGAAAGGAUUACAUGGAGCACAUUUAUAAGUGUCAUGCAACUUUCUGCUAAAAUUUUAUUAGACGGCUUUGCAACAUAAAGAAUAAUACUUACCAUUUUUUUCUUCAAGUCUGUGUACAUGUGGAUCUCUCUGACAUGUGCCCUCUGUGCAGGAGUCCAGAACUGUGUCACUGCCAGUGUCUGUUAGGGCUCUGGGGUUUUAGGUUGUAGCUGUGUUGGUCUAAGGACAUAGGCAGACAAGGUUCUUUGGGUAAAUCCCAUAUCUUUUAUCAGACC